AUGGAGCCGCCCAAGGAGGUGCCUAGGCCUUCCAACGUGCUUGAAAACCGCAAUGAGCACCUCCAUUCGCUGUUCCCGGCCCCGUUUCCACAGAAGAGUGCCCACGGCAACCCAGAUACCACACACUUGAGAGGGCCUGAGUAUCCUUGGGCCCGUCAUGGCCACGACCAUGGCAGGACGGCGUUGCCCAAGGACAAGAACAAGGAGGGCGCUGGGCACCGCCUGCUCAACAUGCUGAGAAAAACUCUGAAAGGGACUGAGAGUGAAGAACUGGAAAUAACACCUGAGAAACCAACUUUGGUGCCAUUUGGGGAUGUGGUUGGCUGCCUGGCCAUACAUAUAAAGAAUUGUAAACAAUUUAUGUCUAGGAUCAGUUCACAACAUUAUACUAAUUUGUUCAUUUGCAUCUCCAUAAACAAUGUUGUGAAAUCUACAAAACUUUGUAGCUUGAUAACCAGAAGCAAUAAGAAGCUCAACGUAAUUAGUUUUGAUGAAGUGAAGUAUUUUUCUGUACAGGUUCCCAGACAUCAAGAUGAUGAGCGAAAUAAUAUUUACCUGGAUCUAAUGCAGCAUGACGCUACAGAAAAAUAUCCUCUCUUCUUAGGGCGCUGUGAAUUACAUCUUUAUGAAGUAAUCCAGAAAGGGUGUUUUACUGAAGAAUUGCUAAUGAUGAAUAAAAACACAUUUAUCUGCAGGGUAGAAGCAGAAUUUAUGUUCUCCUAUGGAAACUUUGGUUAUGGAUUUUCACAUCAGUUAAAACCUCUUCAGAAAAUUGUUGAGCCAUCUAUGUUUAUGCAAGUCGCACCACCUCCAGAAAGAAAAGAUCCUGUGACAAAUGUUAUUUUGCCACAAGCAGUAGAAUAUCCAGCAUUCUUGUCUCCAGACCUGAAUGUUACUGUUGGGGUUCCAAACAUGGGACCCCAGCAAAGCCAGGCAUCUGUGGUGCGACUUGAGAAACUGCAGCAGCAACCCCGGGAAAGGUUGGAAAAAAUGAAAACAGAAUAUAGAAAUCUGGGUACAUGGAUAGAAAAAGUUGGCUAUUUAAACAAAAUUAUUAACCCCAAAUUGGAAAUUAAAUAUCCUAAGGAGAGCACUGUGAGUAAGCCACUCCAGGAUAAUAAUCCAUCUGAAGAGAAGUCUAAAAACGCUGCAGUAUUAGCACAUGUUCCACCUGAAAACAAAGGGGCUACUACACUCAAGUUGCCAGACAAUGAUGCAGAAGCCUUUGCCAUGCCAACUUUGAGCCAGCCUUAUCAAGAUAUUGCAAUUGAUGUUUCUUCUGCAAGUUAUGAUCCAUAUCUAUCCAUGGAUACUCCAUUUUUUACCGAUCCUAGUCUAAGAAUAGCAGAAGACAAAACACAGCCUUUACCUGAAUUCCACUCAGAAGAUGCUCCAGGUGGAAAGAUGGAAAGAUUAUCCUUUCCUCCAGAAGUAAAAUUUGGUGAUGAAACUCCAAGAAUUUUGAAAACAGACUCAUCUCCAGCAGAGAAUAACUCAGAAAAAGAAAAUAUAAAAUUUCCUUACUUUCAAGAUGUAAUGUCAAGAGAUACUAAAACACAUCAAAGUACAGAUAAAAAUGUAGACCAGGUGGUCUUUUCAUCAGACGUGUUCAAAUCAGCAUCUUUCAUCCCGUCACAUUCUGAAUCCAUACCAAACUAUCGGAUAUUAUUUUUGCAAUUUCAGAAAUUCCACCUGGGCCGUUUUGAUCCUUUUCUAAGGAACAUAAAUGACAGCAUGUCAGACAGUAUAAAGAAAGACAAAGAGAUAUAUGAAGUUAAAAACAGCUUAAGUACAGAAGUGAUAGAACAUGAAGACCAAGACCCUCCUUAUCCAACAUAUUCAAAAGCUGCAGAACCUACUAUGAAACCCUGCUCUGACCCUAAUGAUAAAUUAGCUCAUGAUCCUACUGUCAACUCAAUAAAGACUUUAGACAAUAAGAAUAGGUUAGCUCAUAAUCCUGGUCUCAUCAGAAUGAAGACGUUAGACAAUAAAAAUAAGCCAAAGGAAACACUAUUAAAUGGAUCUUUACCAAAUUUCAAAAGAGAAUCAUCAUUUAUUCAAAAUAUAAAUAAGUGUCACCUCUCAAAGUCAUUAAGUCCCACUUCCCACAUAGAAAACUUAAGACAAUCAAUGGCACUCAAGUCAGUUUUAAGUAAAAAUCUACAAGACCUUUCAGACAAGUUAUUUGCUAAUCUAGAAGUUCCCGUAAACUCUGAAGCAACAAAGAAAAGUGAUUCCCCACAUCUAAGCAUCCCCAAUGAACCAGCAAAGAGUGUGGGAGACAGAGUAUUUGAAAAAAUCCAAGAUUCACAUAGCUGGCUUUCAGAAAAAGAUGUUUCAAAAUCAAAGUCUCUUUUAAGUCAAGUAAUUAAAAAUGUUCCCACAGAUUUUCUUUCAGGAAGUGGAGCAGGAAAAUCUUCAGAGGUAGCAGAAUCCAUGUCUGAAAAAUUCUCAGAGGCUGAUGAAACAGAUUCUCCAAUGAAUAAAAAGUGUCGUUUCAAAAAGAAACAUUUAAUAAACAAAACAUCAAGCUGCAAAUCAACUUUGGUUGGCUCUGUGCCUGACUGUGUGAUAAAGCAAAUAUUCAUGGCACCCCUCUCACAUCUGAAGCUAGGAGUGUCAGAGUCGAGUGAGCCACAGAUGCACCUGCAGGAUGAACUAUCCACUCCAUGGGGCAAAAGCUUAUCUUCCCGUGUUCUGUUUCACUUUGGAGAAGAAAAUGAUGAAACAGAAUUGCCACAGUCCAAAUCGGUGGUAAGCCAGAUAAUUCAGGCAUUUCCUGUAGAGACUCUUUUAGAAUAUGGGCUAAUCAAAGUGAUAGAAUUAGAGAAAGAGUGCCAGAAUGGGUCCUUGCUGGGAACAGAGACAGGGCUUCCAGAAGAGCCGAAGCAUCCCACAGAGGAUUAUCCAGAAGUCAAAAGCAAACCAGAACUUCUCACAAGGCAGAACACUCCCACCCAUCCCCAUGAUGCUGCUGUUUUUUUCGGUGGAGUUGAAUUUAUAGAGGAAGGUCAAAAGAAGUCCCCACCACAUUCAGCACAUGAUUGGAUACCAGAGAAGAAGCCAGUUUCCCCAAGUAAUGGCCACAGGCUUGACAUAAAAGAACAUGAUCUAAAUUCUGUUUUAGAAACCUUCAGUAACUCUUUUCUAAUGGGUAAGCUUGAUGAGUCUGAUGUAGGGAUGUUAAAAUCCUUUCUGAGAAGCAUCUUGAAAGCCUUUUUCACACAUAAUCAGUCUCAAAGGAGAAGACAGCCAGAGAAAGAAUUGGAACAAUUAAUUCAACGUGAUAUUCCUAACCAUACAGACCGUCUUGAAGAAAUCCAAGGGAGUUUGAAUAAUGUGGACACAUUGCACAGAAAACCCAUUUUGAGUCCAAAGCUGCGUGUGUUUCUGGAAGAACUCUCAGAGUCAGAAGUGAAAAAUUUAAAGUCGGAAUUAAGUAAACAUAUCCAGCAUUACCUUGUAGAAAGGCUGUCAGAAGCAGGACAUAUUGCCAAGGAGGACUUACCAACAAUCUAUCAAAACUUGCAUUUGAUGAAUGAGAAAGCUGACCUAAAUGGGCAUAACAUUUUCCAGGAAAAAUACUCUGAAGCUGUAAGGGAAAUCAUGUCUUUUGUAAAUAACUUUAAUCAUCACUUCAUAGAUAAACAUCUAGAAAUAAAGCUAAGAUCCUUUUUAAAUGAAAUUCUCCAAAACUACUUCCUAAGAAACCUUUCAGAGAGCAGUUUAUUUAAUGAGGCAGAGCCUGAGACCAUACACAGUAACGUAUCUUCUCUGAGAACUAGAAAUACUUCUAUAUCCUAUCAUGAGUUAAGAGAAGAACUUGCAAGUGGGAGUUUUGGUAGAAGGCCUGAAAUAAAAAUGAAAUAUCCCUUAAAUAAAUCUCUUCAAAACUACCUUUUGGCUUUAUCAGAAAAUGAAUUAGUAAGUCUAAAAGCUGAAUUAAGCAAGCACCUCCAGAGUCUUUUUAUAGAGAAACUUUCAAAAGCAGGAUUAAUGACAGAAAGGCAGUUAGAGCACAUCAGCCAUCAUUUACAUUUGCUUAAUUCAAGCUGCACGCCACUGAAAUGCAUAAAGUCCAACUUACCAAUUAGGGAUGAGCAUCACUUGAUGGAGGAACAUUCAGAAAAGGAGAGCAAAUAUUCAAAAACUGUUCCAAAGUCCACACUACAGAAGGCUCCUAAGGAUCAAUGUGUAGAAACAGAGUUGGUCAAAAGAGAAGAAGGUGGCUAUUUUUGCUUACAGAGUUUACAGAAAAAUCCGACAAUCAUGGAACAAAAUAGUUGCUACCCUAGAGCGGAAGGUAAAACACCAGAUUUAAUAAAAAUACAGCCUUCUUCCAACAAAAAUACCCAGGCAAUCCCAUUAAAUAAGUCAUCAGAAAGACUUACAGAUAUGUUGUUUAAGAAACCCAGAGAAGAAUGUGGUUUUGAACAGUUUCCUAGAGCUGACAAUUCUUUUUGUAAAACAGAGAGUCAAGACUCGAAUGGUUGGACUGGAAAAUGCAAAAUGACUCAACCAAAAGCUUGCUUGGACAGGAAAAUGAAAGUGCUUGGGAAAAAGGAGCAUGUUAACAUUUAUAAACUGACUGUUCAGGAACGACCUGAAGCAGUAUUGUCACCACACCCAAGUAUCCCUAACUGCAAAAUACCAAGAGAAGAUGACAGACAGUCACACAGAUUCCCCUUCCCUUUGUGGCAGACCAAUACACUUGGCUAUUGCAAUUCAGAAGCUGGGGAGAAACCCUACCAAGAAGAACAGUACUGCCAGAGAUUAAAAGGAAAUAACAACAACAAUAAAAAACAUUUAGUAACAUUUGCACAAUAUAAUAAAGACAUACAGAGUCUUUAUUUGAACUCAGGUUUUCUCUUCAGUGAAAAAUAUGCCAGGAUCCCUCAAUCACAGCUGUUUAUGAUAAUAGAAGAUAAGAAAAACUCAAACUCAUCCUUCUUCCCUGAAGUACUAAAGAGAGAAAAUCUAAAACCCAAGGUCCCAAAAGAAACAGACCAUCCCAAGACAAAAAAGCCAUUUAAUAGGAUAGGUAGGUUAGUGCCCACCACACUGCCCACCACAAGAAUUCAUCUAAAGAAAUCCGUUCCAAGAACAGUACUUCAUUGGACUGCAAGAAGAACUAUACAUGAUUGUUCGGAUAAAUUUGAGGAUUUACCUGUGACCUCUUUUAAGCAUCUGACCAAAGCAAAAUCAAGAGCAAGGCUUUCAGGAAACAGCCCAGAUGACAGUCAUAAUCAGAUAAAACACUCUGCAAGGCCAUAUACUGCGCCAGAGCAAAGCAAACGACAAGAAAACUACCCUGCAAGAUUCACAAGCCCUCGAAUGGUCUCAACAGGCCUAGUUCGUAUAAAUGAUACAACCCUAGAUUAUGAAAUACGUAAACUGCAGCCCCCUAAAAAAUUAAAAGAGGAUAUUGAAAAAUGUUCGCUCAUUUGUGAUAUUAUCCAAGUGCUAAACAAUUCAAAAUGAAAUGUGAGACCUACAGUCAGAACAUCAUUUCUCCAUCAGCAAUGUGGUUUGGAGUUCUGUCCUCACGUGUGAUAGAAGGCAGCAUCCCAGUUUCAUCUUGCUAGAACCAUUUUGUUUUGAUUAAAAUGAGAAAUGAGCA